AUGCCUUUAGCCGCACAGGCGCGGCGGUGCGCCCGUCCUGGUGUGCGCCCAUUCGCUCUCUCCCCGAAUACCUUCAUUCGCCUCGCCACGAACACUGCAAGCCUCCGAAAGCUUGACCUUCCUGCACUAGACAAGAAAUGGCAGGCUCAAUGGAGAUCGGACGCGAUCUCAGCGCCAUGCAGUACCGAAAAGGCGUCCGAACCCAAACCGAAGUCCUACAUCUUAUCGAUGUUCCCCUACCCCUCGGGCACGCUACAUAUGGGCCAUCUUCGCGUAUAUACGAUUUCAGAUGUGCUGUCACGGUUUUAUAAGAUGCGUGGGCAUGAUGUUCUGCAUCCGAUGGGGUGGGAUGCCUUUGGGUUGCCAGCAGAAAACGCAGCCAUUGAACGCGGCGUGGAUCCCGCAGAAUGGACACAGCAAAAUAUAACGAAAAUGAAGGCUCAGUUAGAUAGUAUAUCUGCUGGAUUUGACUGGAAUCGGGAACUUGCUACUUGUGCACCGGAUUUUUACGAGCACACCCAACGACUAUUCUUGAUGCUACAUGAGAAAGGGUUGGCAUACCAAGCUGAGGCUCUGGUGAACUAUGACCCUGUCGACAAGACCGUACUCGCCAAUGAGCAAGUGGAUGCCAAUGGCUUCUCAUGGCGAUCGGGGGCCAAGGUCGAGAAAUUGAAUCUCAAACAGUGGUUCUUCCGGAUCACAGACUUUAAAGAAAUGUUAUUGAAGGAUCUGGACUCGCUCGCUGGGGGCUGGCCAGAGCGUGUUCUAUCCAUGCAACGGAACUGGCUUGGAAAAUCGAACGGUGCUAAGAUCAGAUUCCCUGUGGCCGUUGACGGCACAAAGGUCCACGUUGACGUCUUUACCACACGACCAGACACCCUUUACGGUGUUGAGUAUGUGGCUCUGUCACUAGACCAUCCCAUCGUUUUGAGUGCUGCGGAGAAAGAUGCCUCGCUUCGCCAGUUCCUGGAUGAGGCAUCUUUACUUCCACCUGACUCCAAGGCCGGCUACCGCCUGGCUGACGUUACAGCAACUCAUCCUUUGCUGAGAAUUGAUAAUGAAAGCCCUCAAUUGGCGAGGGAUCUCCCCGUCUUUGUUGCGCCCUAUGUUCUCAGUGAUUAUGGCGAGGGUGCAGUCAUGGGUGUGCCAGGCCAUGACGCUAGAGACAUGGCGUUCUUUAAGGAGAAUGCGAACCCGGAGUCAAUUCCUAUUGUCAUUGAAUCAGAACCAUCUCAAGAAAUUGUCACCGCAGUCUCUGCCCAGGAUGCGAAGGCUUUUACACAGGAAGGUUUCCUCACCUCGCAGUGUGGAAAGUAUCGAGGACUGCACUCCAAGGAGGCUGCACAGCAGAUUGUCAACGAUCUCAGCAAAGAGGGACAGGCCAAAUUUACCGAAACCUGGCGGUUACGAGACUGGUUGAUCAGUCGGCAACGGUACUGGGGUGCACCUAUUCCCAUCAUCCACUGUGGCGAGUGUGGCCCGGUUCCUGUGCCGAAAGAAGACCUUCCCGUCAAAUUGCCGAAGAUCCAAGGGGAGUGGUUAAAGGGGAAGAAGGGAAAUCCCCUUGAGUCAUCCGAGGAAUGGCUUCACACAAAUUGCCCCAGCUGUGGAGGGCCCGCAAAGCGUGACACAGAUACCAUGGAUACCUUUGUGGACUCAUCUUGGUAUUUCCUCCGCUUCCUGGACGCGGCAAACAAAGAUGCCCCAUUCUCGGCUUCAGUCGCGCGGCCAGUAGAUGUCUACGUCGGAGGUGUGGAGCAUGCUAUUCUGCAUCUGCUCUACGCUCGGUUCAUUUAUAAGUUCCUUGCUCAGUCAGAUUUAUUUCCAGCCGCCGCACCUGGUGGGCAAUCGGUAGCAGAGCCCUUUAAGAUGCUUCUGUCCCAGGGUAUGGUUCAUGGCAAGACCUUCACGGAGCCAUCGACAGGUCGAUUCUUACUUCCGCACGAAGUCGAUCUCACAAAACCUGACAAGCCCUUGAUCACGGGCACCCAGAUCACCCCUAAUAUUUCAUUCGAGAAAAUGUCAAAGAGCAAGCACAAUGGCGUUGAUCCCACGACCUGUGCAUCCAAGUAUGGUGCCGAUGCCACACGUGCGCACGUUCUCUUCUCGGCACCUGUUAGCGAAGUCCUGGAGUGGGAUGAAUCCAAGAUCGUCGGAGUUGAGCGCUGGUUCGGCCGGCUUUGGAAGCUCGUCCUUGACACUCAGCAAACACUGGCUGAUGCAUCCUUCGCCAUUCCCUUGGUUGAUCUGAAGAAUCCUGCCGGUCACGCCAUGUCUUUGCCUCGGUCACUCCAGGAUCUGAGCAACUCCGAUGCGGACGCUGUACUAGCGACCCAUAACACCAUCUCGUCUGUCACUAGCUGUAUCGAGAGCAACCCCUACGGCCUGAAUACCGUCAUCUCGGAUCUGACCAAAUUGACCAACGCCCUGUCCUCGGCAUCUCCCUCUUCUCCCCUCGCCCUCUACAUAUCCGUCUCUUCCCUCCUCCGCCUUCUAGCGCCUAUUGCCCCUGCGCUAGCCUCCGAGUCUUGGGUAGUAUUGCAUGACUCUGCUAUGAAGCAAUCCGACCCUGCAACUCCCGUGCCAUCUAUCUUUUCGUCUCCUUGGCCUACCGCCCUUCUCACCCCCGAACAAGCCGAGGCUCUAUCCUCCCGUGGUGGCCAGACGGUAGCUGUUCAAAUUAACGGAAAGCUCCGCUGUGCGGUUACCAUUCCACGCUGGCCAUCUGCCGAAGAUGCCCCUCUGACUAAGGGCAAAGCCCCGGCUGCUUCCAAGGAAGAACAAGACUGGAUUAUCGAUCGAGUCUUGGAGACUACCGAAGGCAAUUCGUGGCUGCGCGAAAAGAACGACUGGGAGAAGAGACGACGAGUCAUCGUUGUCAAGGGCAAAUUGGUGAACGUCGUGUUCUGA